AUGACACCCCUAUAUGGAACUUCUCCCCCCUCUUCGCCCCGGCCUCGCGCCCGUCUGUCUGCACAGCACUGCCCCCACCAGCCAGCACAUCCACGAAAAAUGCAGCGAAAAAAACAACGAGGUAUAAUUCUCGAGGCACUGGAGAGUGCAGAGUCAACAGAGGGAGGUGUGGUGGGACGGGCUGAUGGCGACCGGCUUAUGUAUGUCGACCCGGAUGGCUCAGCGCUACCAGCACGUGCAUUUGUGACUUGCCCUAACCCAGAUGGGUCUCAGGGUCUGGCCCCUUUCCGGAAGUACCGCGCCGCAAGUUCACCUUUCUCCCCGACACAGCCCAAAUUGAUCGCCUUAGGCCGGAUUGCUAUGGCGCUGUCGCACAAUCCUUUGCCGGCGUCAUCGACUCACACCGUCGCCAGCUCGAACCGUACCAUUUGUCUGCUGAAACACGCAUACACCCCCGACAACGACGGAGACUGUUUGGCACCAUUCUUUACGUCCUUUGAGUCAAGAAUGGUUCGUUCUCGGGAUGAUCGUCGUGGCGCGCAACGUGGUGAUUCGCGUGCGCAAAAUUGGUUUGUUUUUUUCGUGUCGUAUGACAGCGCGACUGCCUUCUAA